AUGCCUCUGCUCGCUCUCCUAGCGGUCGCCGGCGCGCGGCCGAUCCCGCUCGCCGCGCGCACGCGCCGCAUCUCGCGCGACAACAGCGGCGCGACGGCCGCAGGCCUCCAGACCCCAGUCGACCUCGCCGGCGCAGCCCUGCUGCCCAGUACCGCCGCCCUCCUUCGGCCGCUCGCAGUCCGCGGCGGGUCCGACGGCAUGUGGCACCUCAACGACGACGCGCCGCCCGGCGACCGCGGCGCGGCCGACGCGGCCGACGACGACGCCGGCGCUCCGGAUUGGACCGAGCUCAUGGCGCACGCGCGGUGCGCGAGCCUCGUCUACUACGAGGCGUCGACGAUCGUCGCAUCGCACGAGCGGAACCGCUACGGGCGCGCCGCGCGGAGCGUCGAGUGGCGCGCGGACGGGAGCGCCGUCGCGCGAUGGAUCGGCACGAAGCGCGGCGACGCGACGCUGGUCGUCCGCGAGAUCCCGAGCGUGGGCAUGCGCUACUUCCUGCGCACGGAGCUGCGGCCGGGCCUGCCGCCCGUGCAGCACCUCGCCAUCAAGGGCAGCGACAACCUGCAGAACUUCAAGGACGACGUCGACUACGCCAAGGAGCUCUGCGGCACGUGCCGCGUGCGCUUCCACCGGGGCUUCAAGCGCGUCGCGGAUGCGGUCUGGGCCGACGCCGAGCCCUACCUCUUACGCAACGCGACCCUCGAACUGUCGGGCCACUCGCUGGGCGGCGGCGCGGCGACGAUCGCGGCGAUGCGCCUCGCGGCGUCCGGCUUCGUCGUCAAGCGCGUCGUGUCCUUCGGGUCGCCGAAGGUGACGAACGCCCACGGCUGCGCGGCCUACGCGGCGCGCGUGCCCCUGACGCGCGUGCUCACGGCCGACGACCCCGUGCCGCUCCUGCCGACGAUGGACGUCAAGAGCCACGCGUUCGGCUUCUACCGGCACUUCGGCGACCGCCUCGUGCUCCUCGACGACGACGACCGCGACGGCGACGGCCUGCCCGACGACGAGGCGCACGGCGACGACGAGGCGGACGCCGCGCGGCGGCGCUGGCUCGGGGAGCGGGCCGCGGUCUUGCUGUCGCCGACGGACGCGACGGGCGAGCCCCGGACCAAGGUCGCGCGGCUCGGCCGCGGGCGCUACGCGGCGCGCGAGGACCCGCGCCUCGCCGCGGCGCGGGCGGCGAAACACCUCGACCCGUCGCCCUGGGCGCGGCUCCGGGAUUUGGCGUUGCACCAGCUCGACGAGAACUUCCUGCUCCACGCGCACCACGUGUCGCCCUUCGCGCACUCCAUGGACGCCUACGAGACGGAGGUCGCGACGCGCCGCGUGCGGUCCGAGUCGCUGCCCUGGCGGGCGGCGGGGCGCCGCGAGCGGCCGUUGAAGGCGCUCAAGAAGCGCGCGCCGUUCCUCGCCGUCGCGACCGUCGCGUUCCACCGCAUGUUCAAGUGGCGCCGGGCCAUCCGGCUCGUGCGCCCCAAGUACCUCGUCAUGUCCUUUCUCUUCGUCGGCUGGACCGGCGGCUGGUCCGCGGGGCUGUUGGACAAGCUCCCCCACGCGGGCGUCGUCGAGAAGCACCCACUCGACGCGGGCGACGACGCCGCGCCGUCCUAA